UCAGUAACCGAUGAGCACACACUCUCUCUCUCUCUCUCUCUCUCUCGCUUUCGCAGCAAUUCCCGACUGUGGGAAUCAAGGCGAAACUAAAGCAUGUCUUGAGGACUUGUGACUCCGCACCUGUGCGUCUUUCGCCUCUCACGCGCCUCGGACACAGGAGGGAGAGGAACGAGGAGCCCGCCGAGGGAGGGAUGUCGCGAUGCUGUGCACCAGGAGGACUAAAACUUUGGUGUCGACAUGCGUGAUUGUGAGCGGCGUGACCAACAUCGCGUGUCUCCUCUACGUCGGCUGGAUCACCAAGUUCCUGGCGAGCAGCGAGCCUAAAGUUGCGGAGACGGGCGUCGAGGCGCGCAGAAAGUUGGGGGAGGACAGCGGAGGGGAGACCCUGAGGAUCGUGGAGAGGCUGGACGAGCUGGAGAGGGUCGUCAACGAGCACAUCAAAGAUAUACCCCAGAAGGAAGACGCUUCAUCGUCAUCCGCCUCAGACCCCACCACCUCACUCUUUGAUCACUGGGGUCAUGACUUGGGCCCAGAAAGUCGAAGGGUUGCCAUCAAAAAGUUCCGCUAUUAUGGUUACAACAGCUACCUUAGUGACCGGAUCUCCAUCACACGGCCAAUCCCGGAUUUUCGGCCGGACGGAUGUAAAAACAUGUGGUAUUCAUCUGACCUUCCUCAGUUGAGUAUCAUUUUCAUCUUUGUCAAUGAGGCCUUGUCAGUGUUGCUGCGCUCCGUGCACACAGCCAUUCAGAGGACUCCAUCCCAUUUACUCAAGGAGAUUGUACUAGUGGACGACCACAGCACCAACUUGGAACUAAAAGAGCACCUUCAGAGUUUUGUAGAUGAGAUGAACGGUCAGCAUGGACCUGAGUUCAUCAAAGUGGUCCAUCAUGACAAACAGGAAGGACUGAUCAGGUCCAGAGUCAGUGGAUGGAGGGUUGCUUCAGCACCUGUGGUCGCUCUAUUUGAUGCACAUGUGGAAUUCAACACUGGGUGGUCAGAGCCAGUUCUUCAGCGAAUAAAAGAGGACCGUACUCGGGUGGUGUCUCCCUCUUUCGACAACAUCAAAUAUGACACAUUUGAGAUGGAAGAGUACCCGUUGUCUGCUCAGGGCUUCGACUGGGAGCUUUGGUGUCGAUACCUCAACCCACCCAAGUCUUGGUGGACACUGCGCAACCACACAGCUCCUAUCAGGAGUCCCGCUCUUAUUGGAUGCUUUGUGGUUGACAGGAAGUUCUUUGAGGAAAUUGGCCUACUCGACGAGGGGAUGGAAAUUUACGGAGGGGAAAAUGUGGAGCUUGGCAUCAGGGUAUGGCAGUGUGGUGGCAGCGUGGAGGUACUUCCCUGCUCCAGGAUUGCUCACAUCGAGAGAGCUCAUAAGCCUUACACAGAAAACCUGACAGCCCUCGUACGUCGAAAUGCUUUAAGAGUGGCCGAGGUCUGGAUGGACAGCUAUAAGAGUCAUGUCUACAUGGCCUGGAAUGUUCCAUUUCAGAACUCAGGAAUAGAUAUUGGUGACAUUUCUGAGAGAAGAGCUCUACGAUCCAAACUCAAGUGUCAACCAUUCAGCUGGUUCCUUGCCAAUAUCUACCCCGAGCUCCGAUCCUACAGCAACACGGUUGCUUAUGGAGUGUUGAAGAAUAGUCUCAGAAAUGACCUGUGUUUGGACCAAGGACCCAACACUGACAACAUUCCCAUCAUGUAUUUCUGUCAUGGCAUGACAGCACAGAAUGUAUACUACACCAGUUCCCAGCAACUUCACCUGGGAGUGCUAAGUCCAACCAUUGAUGACGAUGACAACAAGUGUCUGGUGGAUGUGAACAGCAAACCCAGAUUGCUGGAAUGCACCUAUGCAGCCACCAAGCACAUGAAGCUUACCUGGACUUUCACUCCGGAUGGUUCCAUACAGAACACAGAGUCUCAGCGUUGUUUGGAGAUGGUGGAAAGCAGUCAGCCAGAGUUUAGUUUCCAGCUGGCCAUUCAGGACUGCAGCGGACAAAAAUGGACCAUCACUAAUGUACUGACUGUCCUUCCCCAGUGAACACAUUUUUUGACACUUUUAUUCUAACAGAAAGAAAAAGGCGACAAUGAAAUACAAAAAUGGAUGGCUAGAUGGAUGGAUGGAUGGAUGGAGAGCUACUCAGCUCUGAUUUACAUUGGAAUAACUCUCUUGUUGGUCUAAGUAGGAAAAUGUGUUCAAAAACAACCCUUGAUCUGAGACAUACUGUAUUUUUAAUGAGAAGAAAGAACAUUCUUCAAUCUGAAAGGGAACAAAUUCAUAAACCUAUGUAACCCCUCUGGUUAUUGCAGGAAGUCUGCUUGAAACAAAAUUUAGGGCAUCAGACCACAGUUGGAGAGUGUGGUCUUCUACUAUCAUUCGUGUACAGUAACUACAACCCCAAUUCCAAUGAAGUUGGGAUGUUGUGUGAAACAUAAAUAAAAACAGAAUACAGUGAUUUGCAAAUCAUGUUCAACCUAUAUUUAAUUGAAUCAUUAACUUAUAAUUUUAUGGCUGCAACACGUUACAAAAAAGCUGAGACAGGUGGCAAAAAAGACUGAGACAUUUGAGGAAUGCUCAUCAAACACCUGUUUGGAACAUCCCACAGGUGAACAGGCUAAUUGGAAACAGGUGGGGGCCAUGCUUGGGUUUUAAAGGAGCUACCCUGAAUUGCUCAGUCAUUCACAAGCAAAGAUGGGGCGAGGUUCACCUUUUGUGAACAAGUGCGUGAGGAAAAUGGUCAAACAGUUUAAGGACAAUGUUCCUCAACGUACAAUUGCAAGAAAUUUAGGGCUUUCAUCAUCUACGGUCCAUAAUAUCAUCAAAAGGUUCAGAGAAUCCGGAGAAAUUCACUGCAUGUAAGCGGCAAGGCCAAAAACCAACAUUGAAUGCCCGUGACCUUCGAUCCCUCAGGCGGCACUGCAUCAAAAACCGACAUCAAUGUGUAAAGGAUAUCACCACGUGGAUGGACUGAUGCAAAGUGGAAAAGUGUUCUGUGGUCCGACAAGUCCACAUUUCAAAUAGUUUUGGGAUAUUAUGGACGUUGUGUCCUACGGGCCAAAGAGGAAAAGAACCAUCCGGACUGUUAAGGACGCAAAGUUCAAAAGCCAGCAUCUGUGAUGGUAUGGGGCUGUGUUAGUGCCAAUGGCAUGGGUAACUUACACAUCUGUGAAGGCACCAUUAAUGCUGAGAGGUACAUACAGGUUUUGGAGAAACUUAUGCUGCCAUCCAAGCAAUGUCUUUUUCAUGGACGCCCCUGCUUAUUUCAGCAAGACAAUGCCAAAGCACAUUCUGCACGCGUUACAACAGCGUGGCUUCGUAGUAAAAAAGUGUGGGUACUAGACUGGCCUGCCAGCAGUCCAGACUUGACUCCCAUUGAAAAUGUGUGGCACAUUAUGAAGCGUAAAAUACGACAACAGAGACCCCGGACUCUUGAACAGCUGAAGCUGUACAUCAAGCAAGAAUGCGAAAGAAUUCUAUCUACAAAGCUUCAACAAUUAGUGUCCUCAGUUCCCAAACCUUUAUUGAAUGUUGUUAAAAGAAAAGGUGAUGUAACGCAGUGGUAAACAUGACCCUGUCCCAGCUUUUUUGGAACGUGUUGCAGCCAUAAAAUUCUAAGUUAAUAAUUAUUUGCUAAAAACAAUCAAGUUGAUCAGUUUGAACAUUAAAUAUAUUGUCUUUGUAGUGUAUUCAAUUAAAUAUAAGUUGAACAUGAUUUGCAAAUCAUCGUAUUCUGUUUUUAUUUAUGUUUAACACAACAUCCCAUCUUCAUUGGAAUUGGUGUUGUAUCUAAAAUUUCAAUAGGGAUCAUUCCAAUAUGUUUGCGGGCAGAGGGCAACCUAUUCUUAUGAGCAAUUUGUAUGAUAUCCAUUUGAAAGUUGAGUGCUAUAUUUUGCCCAUGGUAUUCACAAGUCUAUGCCCUAGUACAAACCCCAGUAGCAAUACACUCCAAAACAAAGUUGCAAACUGAAAUGGAUCUAUUAAUGACACGACAUUGGUUGUAACAAAAAUUACUUGGUAUUAGCAUAUUGUACCAGGUUUCAAAAUGUAAUGGCAAAAAAAAAAGAGUACAGAUUUAAGUAAUAUCAUUCAGAUUCUCGAGUGAGGAAUAAAUUCAGUCAGUCAGACCUCUCUCUGUGAUUUUAAGUCCACUUAAACCAGGACAAGGAGCUCAUUGUUUUGACUCUGUAAAGAUUUACUCAGAAUCAUAAGUAAUUUUAUCUCCAGUAUUUUAAGUCACUUAUCACUUUUGCAACAAAAAAAAAUCAAUAAAAAAAUAGACAUUGUAACAAAAUAAACAUUUAGGUUGUACGCAAAUGUACAAACUACAGAUAGUCAAUGACAAUAUAAAGUGUGCAGUAGUACAGUAAUACUUGUUUGAAUUGAGUUGUAUAAAUGAUGCAGAGUGACAGAGCUAUAACGAUGAAUACAGUAAUAAUGGCACGACAGAGAUGUGCAACUUGGCAAAAGUGCAUUGCAGACGUCACAUGACCAAACCCAGAAAAUGGUUUGGGAACUCCUUCCUUAUUAUGCUCCAAUAACAAACAGAACUCUGGGUUGAUGACAUGAUGGUUUGAACCAAAUUUUAGCAAGUUUGGGUUCAAACCAUCUCGUCAUCAACCCUUAGUUAUGCCAGGGGUUGCAAAAAAGCACAACAAAAAGCCCAAACAUUUUGGCCGCCUCUUAACAACGCUUGCGUGGGAAAAUGUAUAGGGGGACACCUGUUGAAGACCCCCAAACCCUUUUAAAAAUGUAAUUAUUUUUUUGUUCCUAAUUACUCCUGCGACAAUCUUCAAACAAAAACAUAAUGAACUUGUUCAGUGUGACUGUCAUGUAUUAUAUUCUUGUCAUGUUUAACCCAGUUAGUUACAGGUACUGAUAAAAUUAUGUUUAAAAAAAAAACAAAAACAUUUGUACCCUGACUGGAACUGUGCACUUUUUCUCAGCUACUGUGUUAGCAUCCAUUACCAAACCUGUUCCAACCUUAGUGGCUCAGGCUUUAGAUCCUGGACUUUUCAUAGUUUCUCAAUUUUUAGGAGGUUGCUAAUAUUCAAAGUCGUGAAAAUGUCCAAGAUAUUUUAUUAGUCUAUCAAAAUUAGAUAUCAGAGCUGGAAAUAAA